AUGCGCGAAUCACAGGUUGUAAGGUGAGAUACUUGGGGUUAGUAAAAUUAUCACAGCCAUUUAAUUGCCACUCGUUACCUCGGAGUAUUCAUCUGGGUCGGGUCACCCUUGUGAAUUUGCAAGGGUGUAACGUUAGCUAAGCUAGCUUGAUAGUUAGCUCAUUGAAAACAAUGACAUAACUGUUAGAAGUUAGCUUACUGCUGUGCUAACACCUGACUUGUGCAAUACUAACCGGAAAAUCACACCACCCGAGAUAAAAACUCUUGCCAACCUGACAUGGAUUCAAUAGGAAUAGAAUACAACUUUAUUUAUCAAUUUGCUUGCAGGUUAUUAAUUUUAACCCACUGGCAUUACAUUCAUCAUAUUGCAUUUAGAUGUAGGCUAAAGCUACAGAUAAGUCUAGUUAUGUAGUCAAAUUAGAGCCAACCCUUUUGUACAAUUUACAUUAAACAUGCCAUCUGCAUUUUAACUGCGCUCAGAUUAGUCACUGAUAAUUAGACCAGUUGACAGACAUGGUUUACAGUGCAACACCAUCAUGUUGUGACUGUGGCAAGAGCCUUAUGAGGACUCUUAGUAAGCCUGUGUAAUCUACCCACAUCCUAGUAGUCUGUUGCCUAGCGUCGGGUUUUCAAGACUAUCAUGCUAUUUCUAUUUUCUCCUGCUGAAUAAUCCUAAUUGUCUUGUUAUAGUUGUACCUCACAGGCUAUGUAUGGCAUGCCUCCUGUUAUGCUGUCAAUAAUGUGUUGUCUCUCUUGGUGUGUGUGUGUGUGGUCUCUCUCGGUGUGUGUCUCAGCUCUCAGAGGAUCCAGUCAGUUAACACCAAUGCAGAGCGCAGCCUGGAGGGGUUCAAGGCCCAUGCAGUCUUCCAGGAGAUCAACAAGAAGCUGGAGGAGGUAUCUUCCUUCAUUACUGUGUGUUAUCUGUUUCAGGUGUCAUCUAUUGCAGUUUAUGCUACAAACCCUCAUCCUGUUUUCACACCAACAUGCUUAGACCUCUUUUCUGAUCCUUUACCUCAGACCAUUUCCUCCACACUACAGCCAUAGUAUAAGGGUUAAUUAUAUAGGUCGUUUUCAAUAAAACAUCACAAUACGUUCGAUUUGGCUACUGGGGGCCAAGUAGACCCCCAGCUACAUGCCAUUUUCAAGGGAUUGUUAAAUAUAGUUAUAACUAUACUGAACAAAAUAUCAACGCAACAUAUAAAGUGUUAGUGCAGUUUUGUCACACAACACAAUGCCACAGAUGUCUCAAGUUUUUAGGGAGUGUGCAAUUGGCAUGCUGACUGCAGGAAUGUCCAACAUAACUGUUGGCAGAGAAUUGAAUGUGAAUUUCUCUACCAUAAGCCGCCUCCAACGUCGUUUUUAGAGAAUUUGGCAGUACAUCCAACUGGCCUCACAACCGCAGACCAUGUCUAACCACGCCAGCCCAGGAUUUCCACAUCCUGUUUCUUCACCUGUGGGAUCGGCUGAGGAGUAUUUCUGUCUGUAAUAAAGCCCUUUUGUGCGGAAAAACUAAUUCUGAUUGGCUGGGCCUGGCUCCCCAGUGGGUGGACCUGGCUCCCAAGUGGGUGGGCCUAAGCCCAUCCAUGGCUGCGCCCUUCCCAGUCAUGUGAAAUCCAUAGAUUAGGGCCUAAAACAUUUUUUUUCAAUUGAACGAUUUCCUUCUAUUAACUGUAACUCAGUAAAAUCUUUGAAAUUGUUGCAUGUUGCUUUUAUAUUUUUGUUCAAUAUACAUGCUUUUCAUGAUCAGUAAACAUCAAUGAUCAUGUAAUUUCAGAUACGUGAAGGUACCCAUCCAUUUGACAUGUGGCUAGCUAAGCUAACAUCAUUUAGCUUGCUUCAUCAGAGAUUAGGUAGAUUGCAAAGUAAAACUUUAUCAGCUAACAGUACCACGGCAAAUGUGCCCUUCUGCUGCUAGACAGGCAGAGCCCACAAAAGAUGGGAAAUUAACCUAAACCACUCAUAGUUGUCAGGUAUAGUUCACUUUUAUUUUAUAUCACUUAAUUGUUUCAGAUGGACUACAUAUUUAUUUGUUGGAUGGUUCUCCCAUUGAGCAGGUUCCCGCCUACAAAUAUCGGGCAUUUGAAUUGACAAAGACUUAAUGUUAAAAAAACAUAUGGAUGAGCUAGUUAAAAAGCUAAGAUUUAAAGUGGGCUUCUUUUUUAGAAAUAGAUCUUGCCUCUCCCUAAAUAGCAGGAAGCAGAUUGUACAGUCAACAUUCCUGCCAGUUCUUGAUUAUGGUGACACCAUUUACCAGAUUGCAGCAGAAAGAGCCCCUGGUCUCUGGUGGCUCCCUGUUUUAAAUUAAGGUUUAAAAAAAAUACACUACCGUUCCAAAGUUUGGGGUCACUUAGAAAUGUCCUUGUUUUCUAAAGAAAUACAUUUUUUUUGUCCAUUCAAAUAACAUCAAAUUGAUCAGAAAUACAGUGUAGACAUUGUUAAUGUUGUAAAUGGCUAUUGUAGCUGGAAACUGCUGAUUUUUAAUGGAAUAUCUACAUAGGUGUACAGAGGCCCAUUAUCAGCAACCAUCAGUCCUGUGUUCCAAUGGCAAGUUGUGUUUGCUAAUCCAAGUUUAUCAUUUUAAAAGGCUAAUUGAUCAUUAGAAAACCCUUUUGCAAUUACGUUAGCACAGCUGAAAAUUGUUCUGCUGAUUAAAGAAGCAAUAAAACGGGCCUUCUUGAGACUAGUUGAGUAUCUGGAGCAUCAGCAAUUGUGGGUUCGAUUACAGGCGCAAAAUGGGCAGAAACAAAUAUCUUUCUCCUGAAACUCGUCAGUCGAUUGUUGUUCUGAGAAAUGAAGGCUAUGAAGGCUAUUCCAAGAAAUUGCCAAGGAAAUUGCCAAGGAACUGAAGAGCUCGUACAACGCUGUGUACUACUCCCUUCACAGAACAGCGCAAACUGGCUCUAACCAGAAUAGAAAAAGGAGUGGGAGGCCCCGGUGCACAACUUAGCAAGAGGACAAAUACAUUAGUGUCUAGUUUGAGAAACAGGCGCUUCACAGGUCCUCAACUGGCAGCUUCAUGAAAUAGUACCUGCAAAACACCAAAACACCAGAAGGCCAGUUUUAUUGCUUCUUUAAUCAGCACAACAGUUUUCAGUUGUGCUAACAUAAUUGCAAAAGGGUUUUCUAAUGAUCAAUUAGCCUUUUAAAAUGAUAAACUUGGAUUAGCAAACACAAUUGGAACACAGGACUGAUGGUUGCUGAUAAUGGGUCUCUGUACACCUAUGUAGAUAUUCCAUUAAAAAUCAGCUGUUUCCAGCUGCAAUAGCCAUUUACAACAUUAACAAUGUCUACACUGUAUUUCUGAUCAAUUUGAUGUUAUUUUAAUGGACAAAAAAAUUGCUUUUCUUUCGAAAACAGGGACAUUUCUAAGUGAUCCCAAACCUUUGAACGGUAGUGUAUAUAAAAAAAAUAUCAAAUUAAUGGUGGCCAAUAUUGAGAGAUAUCUUUAGGCUACCCUCACAUAUCUGAAAUUACAUGAUCAAUUGAUGUUUACAGAUCAUGAAAAGUAUGCAGUUACGUGCUGUAUAACUGAUCUAAAUGUGCGCAAUUGUUUUGCAUAGAAUAAUCAGAAAUGUGUAGGUCUAGCUAUGCUCUUCAAGAGGUGAUGAUAUUACAAACAAAUAGUUAACAUUUAAGGCCCUUGAAAACGGCACAAAGUUGUCAAUGGUUUUAGCAGAGCUGUGGGUCUCCUUGCUCCCCAGCAGGCAAAUCGAACACGCUACACCUUAUUGUGACGUUUUAUUGAAAACAACCCAUUGAUCCUACAUGAAGAGAAACAUUUCCAUUCCAAUAGACUCUCUUUCGACUUCGACUGUAGCACACUUGGAUCCAUUCCCGGAAACAGGCUUUCCCCUCCAUGUCAUACAAUAACCAGGUUUCCAUCCAUGUUGGAUAAAAAAAAUGUAAUGACAGGCCUGAUGUCGACAAAAGAAAAUAUGCUAGACAAGGUGGGAUAUUUUUGUGUCGGUGAAAUGAAUUAUGCGAGAAACGCUUUUACGUGCAAAUAUUGAUAUAAAAACCAUACGGACGUAAACUUGGAGUCACGAGAUGACAUGUUGCAUGGUCUUCCCACUACGACUCAUCGUGAAAGCAUGCAGUUUAAUAGGCUGCAGAUGAAAUAAGUUAUGAUGAACUUCACAGGGUGGUGAAAGUGCAAGGUGAUGAGCUUGAUGCUCCUUUCUAAUAAAUAUCGAGGGUCUUAUUCUGGUGACAUGAUAAUCGAUGCUUGGCUGCCAUAUGACAAAAUAAUCAUGUAGGCUAUACUUGCGCUCUAGCCAACAGCGUGCAUGGCUAGAACGCACGUGCCAAUACCGGAGUGGGCACACUUGCUAUGUAACGGAACAUUUUUUUGUGAGGAAAAACAUCAGUAGAGUUGAAAAUGCGAUGGAAACCCAUUUAACUAGUAUUUUUUUAUUCGGUACAUGGGAAGUUACCCGCAAAAGGUAUUUUUAUGUGCACUAUGUCAUCACGCACAGUCUUUCAUCUGCGACAAGUCAAUUUGAUGGAAACAUCUCUGGUGGGAAAAUGCACAUUGUUUUCAUGCGGAUUUUAGAAUACUCGCAUGAAAAUCUGUCGCCAAUUGGAUGGAAACCUAGCUUAUGAUAUAAGUUGUUAUGCUGUUUUGAAUCAAUCAGAUAAAUGGUUCUGCACUCUAAAUUGUGUGUUCAUCUGCAGCUGCUCUGUUUCUGACCUCCUUACUACUAUAAACAUCACAAGCUGGAUGAUGACAGAGCUCUCUCUCUGGCGCUCUCUGUCACGCUUUCGCUUUUUCUCUCUUUCCCUCUCCCCCUCUUCUCUCGUUCUCUCUCGCUUUCUCUCGUCCUCUGUCACUCAAGCUCUUUCGCUUCCUGUCUCUCACUUUCUUUCUCUCUCUCGCUCUCUCUCUUGGUCUCUCGCCUUAACUCAGCCAAGCCAUCAGCAAACAGCAGUCUGUUGGGUCUAAAAUACACAACUAGAUGUCUAUUAAACAUAUAUAGACAGAAUUAAACGUAACUAAACCAAUCUGCAACUCUUUUGACUCAGGAUGUGCGACGUCAUCUCCACUCAAGGAGGUUUUCCUCUGUUGUCCUACUUUUAGAUUUUCCAUCCUUGUGUAAGUCUGUCUGGCAGCAGUGGAGUGGUGCUAUCUGGUUCCCAUUAGGAUCGCUCACUGUGUUUUGGUAUUAUGUUAUUCCACUGCUAUGUAUGUGAUUAUCCACAGAUUAAUACAAUAUUGAAACCCAUCUGUACUGUGAGAAUAUGUAAUUACAGAAAUAAAAAAAAGUCCUAUUCCUUGUUACACAUGUUCAGAAAAUAGUUGUCCAGUAGCCUAAUUGAUCGUGAAUGUAUGAGUAGCAUGUCUGUGUUUUCAGUGUGUUUUUUCAGUGUCUGUGCUUUCAGUGUCUGUUUUCAGUGUAUUUAUCAGUGUGUUUUUUCAGUGUCUGUGUUUUCAGUGUGGUUUCAGUGAAUGCUUUGUUCUUUUAUUGAUUUUAUAAAGCACAUGGAUUAAAAAAAUGGUUUAACUGGAUGUGAAAUGUUAUGUCUGGGAUGAAUAAGAAUAUUUAUAACCGUCUUCAGACAUGACAUGAUAAUAGAAACCGCUUUUGAUUGAUGAACACAGUACUUAUGAUCCUAAUUGUUAUGACUUCUAAUACCUUGUAUUUCUCUGUAGGAUGGGGAGUCAUUUGUGAAGAAGAUCGGAGGGGUGUUUGCCUUUAAGGUGAAGGAUGGUCCGGAUGGUCAGGAGGCGACCUGGAUAGUAGACGUGAAGAAUGGCAAGGGUUGCGUUCACAAUGACACAGGUAAGAACAGCAAGGGCUGCAUCCACAACGACAGGUCAGAAAUAGCGGUUUGGUCCAUAUUGAGAGUGAGAAUGUAAAAAGCUGAAUUCACAAAGAAACAUAUGUAGUGAAAAAAAUCAAGUUGUAUUUUCACAGGCUGUGUCAUGAUUUUUGUGGUUUUUAAUUUACAGUAUUUUAUGAUCAAUAACCAUGUGUUUUUUUUCUCAAUCUCUUUCUGUAUUUCUCUCUUCCUUCCUCUCCUCCGUCCCCCCUUCUAGCAAAGAAAGCAAACUGCACCAUUGCCAUGUCAGACGCAGACCUGCUGUCCUUGAUGACGGGGAAAAUGAACCCACAGACAGUAAGUAUUGGCCUUGAUGGGGUGUGAUUAGACUCAACAAACUAUUUUCCCUAUAGUUGUUAGUAGCUGACUUCUGCUGUUAUGAUUUGAGGGAGUUAAUACGCUGUAUUCCAGUCAGUCUCAUGGUGAUAACCUUGCACAUGGACAUCACCAGGACCUGACCUUUGGGUCUUUAGCCUGAAUGAUUUUGGGUCAGCCCCAAAACUUUUGCGCUGCUGUAAAAAAAAAUGGUUGUCAACUGAAUGCGCCAUUUAGUUUGUAGAGCUGUGGUAACGUGAAACUCCCGAAGUCAUCUAACCAUUAUAAUCAGGGGUGUAGUGCUGGCGGUGAGCAGCGGAGGCACACUCCGCCACUUCUCAGAAUGGUGCGGUGUCUCAUAAGAUCACUUAAUGAUUCAUUCGUAUUCUACAUAACAAACCGAAUAUAAUAGCAUAGAUAAUGUUAGGCUACUGUUAGACCAAAAACACCACUUAAUUUCUUAUGACAAUUUAGGAUGAUUGUGCUGAAAUGCUUUUUUUCUCUUGUGUACUCAGCGUCCACCAUAGGUCAGCAAAUGGUCAAUGGUGAAAUAAAAAACCGUACUAUGGUAUGCUAGGUAACAAGCUUCACUGAUAGACUGCGUUGAUGAAGUCAGUCAAGACUCUUGCUAUGGGGCCCAGUGAAUCUUUAUUAUCCUGGUCCCAGACCUGUUUGUGCUGUUUGUCAUGACAACCACCAUAGAUAGGACUUGGCCAGACAGCACAAACAGAUCUGGGAACAGGUUAAGUCUUUAUGGCUCCUUUAGAAGUGGCUUCCUUCUUUCUUGGCCCCCAUGCACAUCUGUUGGUCUGUCCAUUUAAAGGGACCUGGGGGGGAAAUAGUUCCCAGAGGAACCCAGUAGAAUGCAGCACUAGCCUCCUGACAGGUGCUCAACUUAAAAGAGCCUAUUACCCUUGUUGUUUGGUUAAGUGGGACAUGUUCUGGAAUAAAUAAUGUGUUCAAUAUGAGUAAGGCUGCGGUCAAUGACCGUGUUAUUUCACUUUUAAUUUGCUCUGCAUGUAGGUAUGUGUGAUUGAGUGGAAUUUCUUAUACCAUAUUGUAGUAUACGAACUCAGCUCUGAUUUUGUGUUGCCUUAUGCUGUCUGUAAGGUCAGUUCAUAGUGACCUUCAUAGUGCGAUGAUGUCAUACUUAGAUCUAUAAGUACUAUUCUCUAUAAUUAUUUUCCAGAGUCCAUUUCUUCUUCUUCUACACUGUCAGUUUAUAUAAAGCCUCUUUUAUAAUGGAGGAUAGGUGUCUUUGGAACUAAGGACACCCCAUGGCUUCUGUUACCAUGUGUCCGUUGAGUUCUGUACUCGCUUUAGUUUCUUUUCAUACAAAUCUAAAGACUCAGUCAUGAUUUCCGUCCUACAAGCAGAAUGUGGGGGACAUGCACUUCAGAGAACGUGUUCACACUUGUGGCUCUGAUCACUAUCGGAUUGAGCUGAGCAUUGGGUAGUACAGGGAGAGAUUUGAGCAGGGUGUAUUGGUAGUACAGGGAUUUGAGCAGUGUGUAUUGGUAGUACAGGGAGAGAUUUGAGCAGUGUGUAUUGGUAGGACAGGGAGAGAGUUGAGCAGUGUGUAUUGGUAGGACAGGGAGAGAGUUGAGCAGUGUGUAUUGGUAGGACAGGGAGAGAGUUGAGCAGUGUGUAUUGGUAGGACAGGGAGAGAGUUGAGCAGGGUGUAUUGGUAGUACAGGGAGAGAGUUGAGCAGUGUGUAUUGGUAGGACAGGGAGAGAGUUGAGCAGGGUGUAUUGGUAGGACAGGGAGAGAGUUGAGCAGGGUGUAUUGGUAGGACAGGGAGAGAGUUGAGCAGGGUGUAUUGGUAGGACAGGGAGAGAGUUGAGCAGGGUGUAUUGGUAGGACAGGGAGAGAGUUGUCCAUGAGGGCUGCUGUUUUAGUUAAUCUGGUUUCACCUUCCCCAGUGGUCUUUUACACUCACUCAGUUCUCCAAAUACACUAGAGUCACUGUGCCACUGCUGCCUGCCACACAUGACACAGUCAGUCCCCAGCCCUCCUAUAAGCCCCUCUGGUCUGUAGAGCCUCCUGCUCCUCCUCCUGCUGCUGCCCCACUUUCCACUCUGAGGUUAAUCUCUCCACUUUAACUCUUUAAACGAGGCAGGAGCACACACAUUACUGGAGUGAAGUGCAGGUCAGGAAUCAUUUCCAUUCGUUUUGUUUUCCAACCAGCUCAAGAAUAAUAUUUCCACGCUUUGUUGACUGCAGGGGGAUUUACUUUCCACUGCUCAAAAUGGAGGUGCUGCAUUUUGACGAAGAACAGUUUGGAGAGAUGAAUUGUGUGUGCAAUAUAUUUUUUCUGUGUAAAACCUACUAAGCUAACAUAUGGAAUUGUUUUAAGAUGUUCAUACCCUGGAUCAUUUAGGUAAUUGAUUUAGAAUAUUAGACCCCUUUAGGUAUAACAUAUAGAGGGUUUUUCUUUAUUUUUACUAUUUUCUACAUUGUAGAAUAAUAGUGAAGACAUCAAAACUAUGAAAUAACACAUAUGGAAUCAUGUAGUAACCAAAAAAGUGUUAAACAAAUCAAAAUAUUCAUUGUAUUUGAGAUUCUUCAAAUAGCCACCCUUUGCCUUGAUGACAGCUUGGCACACUCUUGGCAUUCUCUCAACCAGCUUCAUGAGGUAGUCACCUGGAAUGCAUUUCAAUUAACAGGUGGGCCUUCUUAAAAGUUAGUUUGUGGAAUUUAUUUCCUUCUUAAUGCGUUUGAGCCAAUCAGUUGUUGUGACGAGGUGGGGGGGUAUACAGAAGAUACCCCUAUUUGGUAAAAGACCAAGUCCAUAUUAUGGCAAGAACAGCUCAAAUAAGAAAAGAGAAACGACAGUCCAUCAUUACUUUAAGACAUGAAGGUCAGUCAAUCCGGAAAAUUUCAAGAACUUUUAAAGUUUCUUCAAGUGCAGUCGCAAAAACCAUCAAGCGCUAUGAUGAAACUGGCUCUCGUGGAGGACCGCCACAGGAAAGGAAGACCCAGAGUUACCUCUGCUGCAGAGGAUAAGUUCAUUAGAGUUACCAGCCUCAGAAAUCGGCAAUUAACUGCACCUCAGAUUGCACAUCAGAGUUCAAGUAACAGACACAUGUCAACAGCUACUGUUCAGAGGAGACUGCGUGAAUCAGGCCUUCAUGGUCGAAUUGCUGCAAAGAAAGAAACACCGAUGUAGCUUGGUCACCUUCUACGCAGAUGCGGAAGGCCGACAUAGGUGGAUGCGGUGGAUGGAGACGCAGCCCAUGCAAAAAAACAUAUCUCUAGCUUAAACUGACCGGUUUUUAUGGGGAUUUUUUUAUUAUGUUACUUAGAUUGACGCACGUGUCCGUCAAUAGAUUUUGUUUAUUAAUUAUUAGCAUUUGUUUUGUUGUGCUAUCCCCUCCAAAAAGCUGACAGAGCAGCAGUUAAAGCAUUCUCUCGGUCUCUCUCUCUCUGUUUGUCUCUCUCGUCUCUCUAUCAGUUCAAUUCAAAGGGCUUUAUUGGCAUGGGAAACACAUGUUUACAUUGCCAAAGCAAGUGAAAUGGAUAAUAAAGAAAAGUGAAAUAAAAAAUAAACAGUAAACAUUACACUGACAAAAGUUCCAAAGGAAUAGACAUUUCAAAUGUCAUUAUGUCUAUAUACAGUGUAGUAAUGAUGUGCAAAUAGUUAAAGUACAAAAGGGAAAAUAAACAUUUAAGUGUGACAAACAUGCAAACAAAUAACAAAUCAGGAAGGGGGCAAACACUAUUUCACACCACUGUAUAUACAGUGUUGUAACAAUGUGUAAAUAGUUAAAGUACAAAUGGGAAAAUAAAUAAACAUAAAUAUGGGUUGUAUUUACAAUGGUGUUUGUUCUUCACUGGUUGCCCUUUUCUUGUGGCAAUAGGUCACAUUUCUUGCUGUUACGGCACACUGUGGUAUUUCACCCAAUAGAUAUGGGAGUUUAUCAAAAUAGCUCAGUUUCCACCUCAUUUUGUGGGCAGUUUGCACAGCCUGUCUUCUCAAUAGCAAGGCUAUGCUCACUGAGUCUGGUCAUAGUCAAAGCUUUCCUUAAUUUUGGGUCAGUCACGGUGGUCAGGUAUUCUGCCACUAUGUACUCUCUGUUUAGGGCCAAAUAGCAUUCUAGUUUGCGCAGUUUUUUGGUUAUUUCUUUCCAAUGUGUCAAGUAAUUAUCUUUUAGUUUUCUCAUGAUUUGGUUGAUUCUAAUUGUGUUGCUGUCCUGGGGCUCUGUGGGAUAUUUUUGUGUUUGUGAACAGAGCCCCAGGACCAGCUUGCUUAGGGGACUCUUCUCCAGGUUAAUCUCUCUGUAGGUGAUGGCUUUGUUAUGGAAGGUUUAGGAAUCGCUUCCUUUUAGGUGGUUGUCGAAUUUAACGUUUCUUUUCUGGAUUUUGAUAAUUAGCGGGUAUUGGCCUAAUUCUGCUCUGCAUGCAUUAUUUGGUGUUUUACUUUAUACACAGAGGAUAUUUUUGUAGAAUUCUGUAUGCAGAGUCUCAAUUUGGUGUUUGUCCCAUUUUGUGAAUUCUUGGUUGGGGAACUGACCCCAGACCUCACAAGGGCAAUGGGUUCUAUAACUGAUUUAAAGUAAUUUUAGCCAGAUCCUAAUUGGUAUGUCGAAUUUUAUGUUCCUUUUGAUGGCGUAGAAGGCCCUUCUUGCCUUCUCUCUGAUCGUUCACAGCUUUGUGGAAGUUACCUGUGGCGCUGAUGUUUAGGCCGAGGUACAGUGCAUUCGGAAAGUAUUCAGACCCCUUCCCAUUUUGUUAAGUUACAGCCUUAUUCUAAAAUGGAUUUAAAAAGAAAUAAUCCUCAUCAAUCUACACACCCAUAAUGACAAAGCGAAAACGGGUUGUAAUUUUUUUGGGAAAAUGUAUAAAAAAUAAAACAGAAAUAGCUUUUUACACAAGUAUUCAGACCCUUUGCUAUGAGACUCAAAUCUGAGCUCAGGUGCAUCCUGUUUCCAUUGAUCAUCCUUGAGAUAUUUCUACAACUUGGAGUCCACCUGUGGUAAAUUCUAUUGAUUGGACAUGAUUUGGAAAGGCACACACCUGUCUAUAUAAGGUCCCACAGUUGACAGUGCAUGUCAGAGCAAAAACCAAGCCAUGAGGUCGAAGGAAUUGUCCGUAGAGCUCCGAGACAGGAUUGUGUCGAGGCAAAGAUCUGGGGAAGGGUAUCAAAAAAUGUCUGCAGCAUUGAAGGUCCCUAAGAACACAGUGGCCUCCAUCAUUCUUAAAGGGAAGAAGUUUGGAACCACCAAGACUCUUCCUUGAGCUGGCCGCCCGGCCAGACAAUUCGGGGAGAAGGGCCUUGGUCAGGGAGGUGACCAAGAACCGGAUGGCCGCUGACAGAGCUCCAGAGUUCCUCUGUGGAGAUGGGAGAACCUCCCAGAAGGACAACCAUCUCUGUAGGACUCCACCAAUCAGGCCUUUACGGUAGGGUGGCCAGACGGGAGCCACUCCUCAGUAAAAGGCACAUGACAGCCCGCUUGGAGAUUGCCAAAAGGCACCUAAAGGACUCUCAGACCAUGAGAAACAAGAUUCUCUGGUCUGAUGAAACCAAGAUUGAACUCUUUGGCCUGAAUGCCAAGAGUCACGUCUGGAGGAAACCUGGCACCAUCCCUACGGUGAAGCAUGGUGGUGGCAGCAUCAUCCUGUGGGGAUGUUUUUCAGUGGCAGGGACUAGGAGACUAGUCAGGAUUGAGGGAAAGAUGAACGGAGCAAAGUAAAGAGAUCCUUGAUGAAAACCUGCUCUAGAGCGCUCAGGACCUCAUACUGGGGCGAAGGCUCACCUUCCAACAGGACAACGAAUCUAAGCAUACAGCCAAUACAACGCAGGAGUGGCUUCGGGACAAGUCUCUGAAUGUCCUUGAGUGGCCCAGCCAGAGCCCGGACUUGAACCCGAUCGAACAUCUCUGGAGAGACCUGAAAAUAGCUGUGCAGCGACGCUCCCCAUCCAACCUGACAGAGCUUGAGAGGAUCUGCAUAGAAGAAUGGGGGAAACUCCCCAAAUACAGGUGUGCCAAGAUUGUAGUGUCAUACCAAAGAAGACUCAAGGCUGUAAUCGCUGCCAAAGGUGCUUCAACAAAGUACUGAGUAAAGGGUCUGAAUACUUAUGUAAAUGUGAUAUAUCCGUUUUUUAUUUGUAAUACAUUUUCAAAAGUUUCUCAACCUGUAUUUGCGUUUUCAUGAUGGGGUAUUGUGUGUAGAUUGAGAUGGGAAACAAGCUAUUUGAUCCAUUUUAGAAUAAGGAUGUAACGGUAUAAAAUGUGGAAACAGUUAAGGGGUCUGAAUACUUUCCGAAUGCACUGUAUGUAUAAUUUUUUUCUGUUUUCUAGGGCUACGGUGUCUAGAUGGAAUUUGUAUUUGUGGUCCUGACAACUGGACCUUUUUUGGAACACCAUUAUUUUUGUCUUACUGAGAUUUACUGUCAGAGCCAGUUUCUCCCUUUCUCUGUUCUGAUUCUAAUGACUGACUCUCUCUUCUGAUCCUCAGGCAUUCUUCCAGGGCAAGCUGAAGAUCACAGGGAACAUGGGAAUGGCCAUGAAGCUCCAGAGUCUGCAGCUGCAGCCUGGCAAAGCCAAGCUGUGA